AUGGCUCAGAAAGGAGUUCAGCUGGACACAGAAAGCAUCUCCUGCUCCAUCUGCCUGGAGGUCCUGAAGGACCCGGUGACUAUUCCCUGUGGACACAGCUACUGCAUGAUCUGCAUCAAAGACCACUUUGAUGGAGAGGAUCAGAAGGGACUUCACAGCUGCCCUCAAUGCAGGAAACACUUCAUACCGAGGCCCGUCCUGGAGAAAAACACCAUGUUUGCAGCUUUAGUGGAGCAGCUGAAGAAGACUGGACUCCAAGCGGCUCCUGCUGACCACUGCUAUGCUGGACCUGAAGAUGUGGCCUGUGAUUUCUGCUCUGGGAGAAAACUGAGAGCCAGAAAGUCCUGUUUGAGCUGUGUGGCCUCUUACUGUGAGGAACACCUUCAGCCUCAUUAUGAUGUGGCUCCACUAAAGAAACACAAGCUGGUGGAGCCCUCCAAGAAGCUCCAGGAGAACAUCUGCUCUGUCCAUGAUGAGGUGAAGAAGCUGUUCUGCCGCACUGAUCAGAAGUCCAUCUGUUCUCUCUGCUCUGUGGAGGAGCAUAAAGGCCACCACACAGUGUCAGCGGCAGCAGAAAGGACUGAGAGGCAGAGAGAGCUGGAGGGGAGGCGGCAACAAAUCCAGCAGAGAAUCCAGAACACACAGAAAGAAGUGAAGCUGCUCCAGCAGGAGGUGGAGGCCAUCGAUCAGUCUGCUGACAAAACAGUGGAGGACAGUGAGAAGACGUUCGCUGAGCUGAUCCGUCUCAUCCAGAACAGACGCUCUGAUGUGGAGCAGCAGGUCAGAUCCCAGCAGCAAACUGCAUGGCUGCUCCUCCGGCAGCAGGCCUAUAAGGUCAGCCUGGCCGGGUCGCUGUUUUUCGCCGGGCUGCUGGUGGGAAACGUCGUGUUCGGGCCGCUCUCCGACAAGAUCGGCAGGAGGCCGGUUUACCUGACAGGUUUCUUCCUCCUAAAGGCAGUUGUUUCCUCCCUGGGUUAA